AUGGCUGGCUGCUCCGGUGCGACGCGGCAGAAGCUGGCUUGGGCCUUCAUCUUUCUGUUGGCGGCGCGGGAGGUGUCUGCGGCACGGGAGAUGUACCACGGAGCCGAGCUCAGCUCCCUGCAGGCCACAACGCUGGGCCGCGCUGGUGAGGAUUUCCAGCGCGCCGAGGUGGUGCGAGAGGACGGGUCCUUCUCCGUCCGGACCAAGUGGGCCACAGGGACGGCGUCAUCGUUAUUAUGGUCGGAUUCAACAAUUACUUUCAGAUAUGUUGCUGGCAACACGUCCGCCCAUGAGCCACCAAAGUAUGUAGAGAUUGAUGGUCUGGACACAAAGUAUCGGCUGAUGCCAGACGGUGCGACGGUGAUCAAGGAGAUCCAUGGAAUGGACACUGUCAGCAUUGUCGGGUGGCAAGCCUAUGAAGGCGGCAAGUGGGGCAACACCAAGUACGCAAAGGAUGAGGCUUUGUACUUCCGGGCUGACCACAACCCCGCCGUGGGCGAAACCAACUCCAAUUGGCGCGGCCGCUCGGUGGGGCAUGUGGUCUACCAGGGUCACGGCCAGCUCUACUUCUUCAACAGCAAAGGCGUCCAGAAGGUCAUCGAGGCGCACGAGAUGACCGCUUACCCCAAGCCGCGUACGCAACGCCUGGAGCUGCGCAUGGACGGCAGGGACCCCAAGGCCUUCAGCCAGCCGGACCGGGAGCUGAGCGUCCUGAUCGAUGCCAUGUUGGGCGAGGCCUCCUGCAUGGGCAAGAGCAGCAAGUGCGCCUUCCGGUGCUUCUACGACCCAGACAAGGACGUUUGCGGGCCCGCGCCUUUCUGCCAGAAGGUGGAGGAGAGCACAUCCCCGAGCAUUUUGGCGCCCUUCGGGCAGCAGCAGAAGUGCAAGGCUGCAGGCGCGGAAGAGAAGGAGGCCGCAGACAUGGCGGUGAAGGCGGCCGCGGAGGAUCUGAAGUCGAUGGCCCUGGGCGUGACUGAGGAGCUGGAGGCCGCCCCCGAGAUCAGCAAGUCCAACGCCCGCCGCAGCACCAUGAAGAAGACUUUGAAGCUGUACGAAAAGGCCAGCGCCAUCCUCAACGUUUGGCAGGCGCUGCCCGGCCGUCUGAGCCCGGAGACCGGGAACUUCGUGCAGGCCAAGCAGCGCGUGGCCCUCACCGACAUGAAGCACUGGCGUGGCCGGGCGGACCGGCUGACGGUCUCGGAGUACCGGGCGGCGGCAGCGCAGCCCGCCGCAUCGCUGAAAACGUCGACGCAGCACUCCGUGGCCGCCAAGCUGCACAGCGAGCUUCGCGCGUUCAUGCAGAAGCGGCCAGCGAUCCUGAUCGAGUUUGCGAAGUCGGAGUCCAAAGACAAGUGCCACCUGUCCGAUGAGACAGCGGCAGACAAGGAGCAGUUGGGCACCUUCCUGAAUUACUUCAUGCUCGUGCCCGGGUACAGCACGGAGGAUGUGCAUGACACGGAUUUGGACCUCCCGGAGCACUGUCAGGAGUUUAUGCAAGGCAUGUGGCGCGCGGACGUAAAGCGAACCGUGGCCAGGGUGGCGGACGGGGAGGCGGAGCUGGAGAAGGAGCCUGGCCCAGUGGCGGGCAAUUCGUCAUUGGUCGAGGUGGUGUCUGAUGCCGCAGAAGGUGAGAGCUUCCGGGCGGAGGGCGGGGACACUGCAGAGACUGCCGAGGUUUUCUUCAUCCUGGCCUGCGUCGUCGUGUGCCUCGUGUGCAUGAUGUUGGCUUUCGGGGCAGUCCUCAGCUUGACGGGUGAAAACCCCAACUUCGCGGCCUUCUUCGUUUGUGGGAUGCUGAGCGGGCUGCUCCUCUUUGGCGCCUUUGCCAUGGCCGGGCCCGUGGGCAUUGCCGCCUUGGUGGGCAUGGUUGUUGUGGUGUUCUUCUUUGCCCCGAAGGGCGUGAAGCCUCACCAACUUUCUGCCCUCCAGCUAGCAGCGCUAAGCUCGUGA